AUGUCACUCUUUUCGCUACUUUUCACCGCGACGGUAGGGCUGGCCUCCAUAGCCGCGUUGUUCUACUUCGUCCUGGGCAAACUCGUGUUUCGUGCCCUAGGCAAGACCCUGCGAUCGCGCACGGCGGUCAAGAGGGGGAUAGUAUUGUCGACCUUAUCUGAGGGGUCUACGGAUCAAGGCAUUAUAGUUGGGUUUUUUCAUCCCUUUUGCAAUGCUGGAGGAGGAGGUGAACGAGUUCUGUGGGCGGCCAUUAGAGCUACUCAGAAGAAGUAUCCGAAUGCCAUGUGCGUAGUUUACACUGGCGAUCACGAUGCUGAUAAAGCUACCAUUCUCUCCCGAGUCGAGAACCGUUUUGACAUACACCUCGAGCCAACCCGCGUUCUCUUCCUCUAUCUUACAACUCGUCAUUGGAUCGCAGCCUCUACAUGGCCUCACUUCACUCUGCUCGGGCAGUCCCUGGGAUCCCUCGUGCUUGCGUGGGACGCAUUCACGCUACUGGUACCUGACAUCUUCAUUGACACCAUGGGAUAUGGCUUCACGCUUCCAUUCGCAAAACUACUGUUCGGUAUCCCUACUAGCGCAUACGUCCACUACCCCACAAUUUCUACCGAUAUGCUCGGCUCCCUCCCCUCAGGCAGCACCACCUCACUCCGAAUCAGCGCUAAACGCGCCUACUGGAAGCUCUUCGCCGCCCUCUACUCCCAAUGUGGCACCAGUAUUGAUACAAUUCUGUGCAACUCCACAUGGACUGCCACACACCUCCGGUACCUCUGGCCAUCCCGCGCAUCCUCUAUAACCGUUGUAUUCCCUCCCUGUGCCGUGUCCGCGGUCGCCGACGCAAUCCCGCUCUCAAAAAAUGGUCCUGGGAUGUCCCGUGAAAGGGUUAUCCUUUGUAUUGCGCAGUUCCGCCCAGAGAAGAAGCAUGAUCUGAUCAUUAACUCCUUUGUACGCUACUGCGCUCUCUGCCCAGACGACAAAGAAACAAAGCUAGUCCUGAUCGGAUCUGUUCGCCACAGUGAAGACAAAACCCGCGUCUACGACCUGCGCCUCCUUGCUCACGAGAAGGGCGUCAAGGAGCGUGUCGUUUUUGUGUGUGACGCAUCCUGGCCUGAGAUUCUCGAUUGGCUCGCGCGCGCAUGGGUUGGUGUUAACGCCAUGUGGAACGAGCACUUUGGUAUUGGGGUCGUCGAGUACCAGGCUGCAGGGCUUAUCAGCGUUGUGCAUGACAGCGGCGGGCCAAAAUUGGAUAUCGUGGUCGGAGAGGGAAGCACGGGAUGGCACGCGGAAACGCCGGAGCAGUUCGCGGAGGGAUACAGGAAGGCGCUUGAGCUCCCGGCGGGAGAGGUGCUGGCGAUGAGGAGUAGAGCGAGGGAGAGUGCGCAACGGUUCUCGGAAGAGGUUUUUGCAGAGAGAUGGCUGGUGGGAUUGGAGGAGCUUGUGGGGUUGCAUAUGACGAGGAGGUAA